UGUAGGGUUUUCUCUUGGGGGUUUCGGUAUUGAUUUGGGUAUUUGAAGCUUCCGCUCCGGCAAUGGCUGAUACACUUUUCGGCUUGGUGACGCACAAGAUUACUCGCACGCGGACGCACAACGAACACACCGUUCACCACAAUGGUCGCACAACUUCUGAGCUACGGUUCUCACUCAACUGAAUACCGUUCGCAGUCCAGUCGUCGUCGCCGUCGUUCGUGCAGUUAAACAAGGUAAAUAUAGAACAAGGUUUUUACAUUUCUCUCCAGACCCUACAGUAACGUAUCUUGAAAACUAACGGAGUUACGAAUUUGGCGUCUUCGACAAAGUUAUUCAGAACAGCAUUUUCUACAACUCUUGUGAAGACAUCAACCAUGUAUCUUGAAAAAUUAAAAAAGUAAAUUUUCUAUCUCACUUUUAGGGGGAUUGAUCAUUUUUACCAACAGGUUAAAAGAAGCACGUUAUUGUAGUGAAAAACUUCCUCGAAGACACUAUGAUGCUAAACGACAUGGUUAAAUCAACAAUUGUGCCAUAUAGUAGUUGGAUUCUUUGCGUGCAAUAUAAGAAAUCUUUAAAACAUCAUUUCGUAAAAACACCGUUUCUCGAGAAUGGCUUGAUGGAUCUUCGUUAAAUUUUGUUGAUAGUUGCACAACCCCUAAAGCUCCGUGGUCAACCUUUUCCUUUUUUGACAUCGUGCAUUUAGACGAAAUGGCGAUCGAAAAACCUCGAAAUUUUUUGAUUUUUCAAAAUUUCAAAUCAAUGCCCCUCCCCUCUCUCAGGAGGGGGAGGGUCAAAACUUCGGAUUUAUGAGUUUCUAGUCGGGAGCAAUCAGAAGAAGUGAAAUUUAGAGCUGCGCAGAACAAAAGUUAAUUUUUUGUCGGACCGUGUUAUUGCUGCCUUAUGGUUUAACAUAGGUAAACCUGAUAUGGCAUUGUUCCAUAAAAAAAUCAUUCAACAAACACGGCGCCUUCGUGAGGGAAUCGAAAUUGGUUCUGAGCAGUACAAGGUGGUAGUUCUGCAAAACUGUUUGGACUCGGUAGGCAGAUGCGAAGUUUUGUGUUCGAAGCAGUUUAAUGGGAAAUAUGGCUGUACUGCAUGUCUUCAUCCGGGAAAAUCCGUUAAUAAUCAGAUCCGGUAUCCUUACCAACCCUCUAAAUUAAGAGAUGAUAAGUUAACAAGGAAGCUCAUGCUGGAGGUUCAUAACUCUGAAACACCAAAAGCAGUGCUUGGCAUCAAAGGCUUAAGCGUUCUAACUGGCAUUCCAGAUUUUGAUAUAAUCAGAGGAUUGCCUCCUGAUUAUAUGCAUCUUGUGAAUUUGGGCCUCAUGAAGCUGAUAUGGGAGUUACUUCUAGAAGGCGACGCAGUGAACAAGUCCGAGUGAACAGGUCCGACAAAAAAUCAACUUUUGUUCUACCCAGCUCUAAAUUUCACUUUUUCUGAUUGCUCCCGACUAGAAACUCAUAAAUCCGAAGUUUUGACCCUCCCCCUCCUGGGAGAGGGGAGGGGCAUUGAUUUGAAAUUUUGAAAAAUCAAAAAAAUUCGAGGUUUUUCGAUCGCCAUUUCGUCUAAAUGCACGAUGUCAAAAAAGGAAAAGGUUGACCACGGAGCUUUAGGGGUUGUGCAACUAUCAACAAAAUUUAACGAAGAUCCAUCAAGCCAUUCUCGAGAAACGGUGUUUUUACGAAAUGAUGUUUUAAAGAUUUCUUAUAUUGCACGCAAAGAAUCCAACUACUAUAUGGCACAAUUGUUGAUUUAACCAUGUCGUUUAGCAUCAUAGUGUCUUCGAGGAAGUUUUUCACUACAAUAACGUGCUUCUUUUAACCUGUUGGUAAAAAUGAUCAAUCCCCCUAAAAGUGAGAUAGAAAAUUUACUUUUUUAAUUUUUCAAGAUACAUGGUUGAUGUCUUCACAAGAGUUGUAGAAAAUGCUGUUCUGAAUAACUUUGUCGAAGACGCCAAAUUCGUAACUCCGUUAGUUUUCAAGAUACGUUACUGUAGGGUCUGGAGAGAAAUGUAAAAACCUUGUUCUAUAUUUACCUUGUUUAACUGCACGAACGACGGCGACGACGACUGGACUGCGAACGGUAUUCAGUUGAGUGAGAACCGUAGCUCAGAAGUUGUGCGACCAUUGUGGUGAACGGUGUGUUCGUUGUGCGUCCGCGUGCGAGUAAUCUUGUGCGUCACCAAGCCGAAAAGUGUAUCAGCCAUUGCCGGAGCGGAAGCUUCAAAUACCCAAAUCAAUACCGAAACCCCCAAGAGAAAACCCUACAUUUGGCGGCGAGCGAAAAGAAGAUGGAAGAAAGCCGGCCAAUCCCUAUGUUCAGAUGUGAACAAAUCGAAGGUGGCAAACUUGCCAAAGAAUGGCAAGAGUGGAAGAGCUCAUUAGAAUAUUACUUUGAGGCGUGCCAAGUACGUGAUCAGAGAAUGAUGCGUUCCAAGAUGCUGCAUCUGGGUGGGCCACAGCUACAGAAGGUUUUCAGUACACUCGAGGGCACCGAAGAUUUCCCAUUAGUAUUGCUGGAGAAGCGUUGGUACGAUGUUGCAGUGGAGCGUUUGGAUGCAUAUUUCAAACCACGCAAACAAGACGUUCUAGAAAGGCAUCGACUUAGAAGCAUGAAACAGGGGCCUACCGAACGUUUUGCGCAUUAUGUGCUUCGUUUGCGCCAGCAAUUAAAGGACUGUGGACUGGAGAAGUACUCUCAGGAAGUUAGGAGUGUGUUGGAGGAAACAAUGUUGGUUGACGUUAUUGUAGAAGGCUGUAUUUCCCACGAGCUGCGACGAAAAAUUCUUGAAAAGGAUCAAUCGUUGUGCGAUAUCGAAGCACUCGGAGAAUCUAUUGAGAGCGUUCGUGUUCAAGAGCAGAAGUUCAAGAUUGAGAGGAAAGGAAAUGAAUCAGGAUAUGGCGAAGUUUCUAAAGUGCAAAACAUGAUGAAAUCAAGAAAGGAGCGUCGAGAGGAGCGAAUCGUUAACCGAUUUCCGUCAGUUGCUGCGAAUGUGAGCAAGGACAUGAGGAUGUGUUUUGCUUGUGGUCGACAGGGUCACUUGUCAAGAUCGCCUUUGUGUCCUGCGAAAGAUCAGGUCUGUCGACCAUGCAAGAAGCUAGGGCAUUUCGAGAAUGUCUGUCGUAAACAUCCUUCCGAUUCGAGUUCUUCAAUUCCUCCGAGGAAAGUGCAAAUAGUAGAAGACAUGCACAAUGGCAUUUCCGGUCCUAUGCAGCUGGAACCUCAACCAGUACCACGACCAGCAUCGCAACCAGCAUCGCAACCGGUACCCCAUCGCACUGCAGCUGAAAGGAAGGUGUACUAUACCUUUUAUGCUGGGAGCGAAACGAAUGUUUUUGGUUGUACGAUUGGGGGAGUGAAGACCGAGGUAUUCGUCGAUUCCGGAUCGGAUGUCAACUUAAUAACAUCGGAGACCUGGGAAAAACUUAAGGCCGAAAAAGUUGACGUAACCAAAUGCGAGAAAGGAAGCAGCAAGAUUUUGAAGGCGUAUGCGUCAAGCCAACCUCUGACAAUUUUGGGGACCUUCCAAGCGCUGAUUGAGCUCGGCCAACGAUCCAUCGAAGCAGAGUUUCUGGUGAUUCUCAAUGGACAGCGGAACUUGCUAGGCGAUACGACUUCGAAGCAGCUGGGGAUUUUGAAGAUUGGACUAGAGACAAACCGAGUAACAGAUGAUGAAGGGAAAUUCUCACCGUUUUCCAAGAUAUCCGGUACAAAAGUUCGCAUUUCUAUGGACCCAACGAUUACUCCAGUGUUCCAGCCACUACGACGUAUACCAAUCCCUCUGGAGGGAGCAGUUAAUGAUAAACUAGAUGAACUGCUGCGCAGAGACAUCAUCGAACCAAAAUGCGGACCAGCAACGUGGGUGUCGCCUUUGGUGGUGGCGAACAAAACGAACGGGACAAUUCGAUUGUGUGUUGAUCUACGUCGGGUCAACCAAGCUGUUAUCCGCGAAAGACAUCCUAUGCCAGUUAUUGAUGAUGUUUUGGCCAAAAUCGGUAAAGGAAAGGUCUGGAGUGUCCUUGACAUUAAGGAUGCGUUCUUUUUAUUGGAAUUAGAAGAAGAAUCGAGAGACAUUGUAACCUUUAUUACGCAUCGUGGGCUGUAUCGAUUCAAACGUCUACCGUUUGGUCUCGUAACGGCUCCGGAAAUAUUUCAGCGAAAAAUGGAUGAGAUUCUGGCUGAUUGCGAGGGCACAUAUUGGUAUUUGGACGAUGUCGGCGUAGAAGGAAGCUCUGUUGCAGAGCAUGAUUUGCGACUCAAGAAGGUAUUUGUUUAACGAAGGCGUGAAAUAAAGAAUGAUUUUUACAACUAAUGACUGUUUUCUUAUAUUUAUUGUUUUAUUUUUUUAAAUAUCGAUUUAGGUUCUAGACAGGUUUGAGGAAAAAGGCGUAAUUCUCAACUGGGAAAAGUGUAAGAUCCGCGUAACGGAUUUCGAGUUCCUUGGAUAUAAUAUCAAUCAACAAGGAAUUAUGCCUUCGGACUCAAAACGGGAUGCGAUCAUGUCGUUUCGUCAACCACGAAACGAAAGUGAGGUUCGAAGUUUCCUCGGACUAGCCAACUACAUGGCGAAGUUUGUACAGAAUUUGGCAGCCUUAGAUGAACCUCUGAGGCGACUAACUAAGAAAGGUGUGAAGUUCCAUUGGGGCGAGGAAGAGGAAUCCGCGUUCCGUGUCGUAAAACAGAGUUUGGCAAAUGCUCAAAGGUUGGGAUUUUAUAAGCAAAUGGACAGAACAUCUGUCAUAGCCGAUGCGAGUCCAUAUGCUCUAGGUGGCGUGCUCAUCCAAACAGAUGUCAACGGGAAUUCACGUGUCAUCUGCUAUGCUUCCAAGUCACUGACAGAUACGGAGAGACGGUACUGUCAGACAGAAAAGGAAGCGUUGGCACUUGUCUGGAGCGUAGAAAGAUUCCAAGUAUAUCUGAUCGGCAAAGAAUUUGAUCUGGUAACGGAUUGUAAAGCUUUGACUUUUCUAUUUACACCUUUGUCUCGCCCUUGUGCACGUAUCGAACGAUGGGUCCUACGUCUCCAAAGCUUUCAGUACAAAAUCGUACACAUUGCAGGACAUACUAAUAUUGCAGACGUUCUAUCUCGCCUAUCGACGUUUGUUCCGACACCGUUUGAUGAAACAGAGGAAUUAAUGGUAAACGAAAUAGUCACAGCGGCUGCGAAGAUGAUUGCUCUCAAGUGGGAGGAAAUAAAAAACAAGAGCCUUGAUGACCCCGAAAUUUCGGAGAUUAGUAAUGCGUUAAGCUCGGGUAAUUUGGAAGAUUUGCCGUUGGCGUACAAAGUCAUUUCUUCUGAGCUGUGUAUGGUGAGCGACGUCCUAUUGCGGGGUGAUAAAAUUGUGGUUCCCAAUAAUCUACGUGGAAGAGUUCUGCAGCUGGCCCACGAAGGUCAUCCGGGUAUUAGGAUUAUGAAGGCAAAUCUACGGGCAAACGUUUGGUGGCCGAAAAUGGACCUUGAUGUUGAACGAUUCGUUAAGGCGUGUCGAGGGUGUGCUUUGGUAUCAGCGCCGAGCGUACCGGAACCAAUGAGGAGAAAGGAACUACCAUCGAGAGUAUGGGAGCACAUUGCGGUGGAUUUUCUUGGUCCGCUACCAGACGGAGAGAAUUUGUUGGUUUGUGUGGACUACUACAGCAGAUAUCUCGAGGUAGUAGAAAUACUAGAAAUAUCGACCUCAACUACUAUCAGAGAAUUACUGACUAUUUUUUCGCGAUACGGAAUACCCGAAAUCCUUCGUGCUGACAACGGACCACAGUUCUCUUCGGAAGAAUUCCGAAAUUUUUGCGAUGAGUUUGGUAUUCACUUGGAGAACACUAUUCCUUACUGGCCGCAGAUGAAUGGAGAGGUGGAACGCCAAAACCGAUCUAUUUUGAAGCGAUUGCGCAUAGCUCAAGAGCUUGGCCAGGAUUGGAGACAGGAACUACGGAAGUAUCUGAUGAUGUACCACUCAUCUAGCCAUACAACUACCGGAAAAGCUCCGGCGGAUCUGAUGUUUGGCCGCAAAAUGCGAACAAAACUACCCUAUGUUCCGGCGACAACAAUAGAUGCAGAUGAAGUUAGUGAUCGAGACAAGUUGGAAAAAGAAAAGGGUAGGGUGUAUGCGGAUAAUCAACGUAGAGCGAAGCCUAGUUCUAUCGAAGUGGGGGAUCAUGUGCUAUCAAAACGGAUGAAAAAGGACAAUAAACUGAGUUCUGAAUUUAGCCCUGAAGAAUUUAGUGUAAUUCACAAGAAGGGUACUGAGGUAGUGAUUCGGUCGACUGAAUCGGGAAAGGAGUAUAGGAGAAGUGCUGCUCAUUUGAAAGUCAUACCGGCGAAUACAAACAAUACUGUUGAUCAGUCUCCAAGGCCAAGUGGACAUGUUGAAGAAACUGUAGAGCAAUCUGGAGGACCACUUCUUAGGGAGGGUGCUUCAACUGAUGAGGUAGCUAGGGCUUCAAAAAGAGUCAGGACGGAAUCGAAGUUACUUAAAGAUUAUGUUACAUAUUGAUGUUAAGGAAUUGCUUAUGCGAUCAAAUAAAGAAGAGGUGGGAUGUAGGGUCUGGAGAGAAAUGUAAAAACCUUGUUCUAUAUUUACCUUGUUUAACUGCACGAACGACGGCGACGACGACUGGACUGCGAACGGUAUUCAGUUGAGUGAGAACCGUAGCUCAGAAGUUGUGCGACCAUUGUGGUGAACGGUGUGUUCGUUGUGCGUCCGCGUGCGAGUAAUCUUGUGCGUCACCAAGCCGAAAAGUGUAUCAGCCAUUGCCGGAGCGGAAGCUUCAAAUACCCAAACCAAUACCGAAACCCCCAAGAGAAAACCCUACAG